UCACUGAGCUACCGUUUCUUUUGUUUUGCUCCCUUACAAGCGUCUCUAUCUCACUCCGAAGGAAAAAAGAAAUCUCUCUUAAAAAAAAUCACAUCUAAAUUCUCUCUGCAGCUCUUCUUCAAUAUUUGAUCAGUAGAAACAGAAAACUCCAUAGAAUUGUGGAAUGGAGCAAAUCAGACAAAUUGGAGAAGUCUUAGGAAGUCUCAAAACCCUCAUGAUCUUUCAUAACGAGAUAAAGAUCAAUCAAAGACAGUGCAUUCUCUUGUUUGACUCCUUCAACCUCGCAUUCAAUUCGAUCACACAGCAGAUCAAGAAUCAUCUCAAAUUCGACGAAAGACACACCAAAUGGAAAUCCCUCGAACACCCGUUGAAGGAACUCCAUCGAAUUUUCCGAGAGGGUGAGCAAUACAUUAAGAACUGCAUCGAACUGAGAGAUUAUUGGGGAAGAGCAAUUGCCUUGAAUCGAAACACGGAUUGUGUUGAAUUCUACAUACACAAUCUUCUAUGGUGUUUACCAGUGGUUUUUGAGGCAAUUGAGACUAUAAGUGAGAUCACUGGUAGUGAGCAAGAAGAGAUUAACAUGAGAAGAAUUAUUAUCUCACAGAAAUAUUGUGAGGAAUGGAUCAAUCGAACAUUUUUCGAUCACAAAUUCGGGAAAUGCUACUUGGUUCACCAAGAAAUGUGCCAGAGAUUUGAUUCCGUGUUUCGAGAGGAUAAAUGGUUGCUAUCAGAGACAAUAUCUGAGAAGAGAAGCAAGUCUCCAACAAAGCAAGAGAAUAGGUUAAGUGAGCUCUUGUUAAGCCCCAAAGACAAGAUAUUUCCUUGUUCAGUUCUCAUAGGCUCUCCAGAUUACCAAGUGAGGCGAAGACUGGGGACUAAUGGAGCUAAAUACAAAGAAAUUCAGUGGAUGGGGGAGAGUUUUGCUAUGAAACAUGCAAUUGGAGAAGGAGAGGUUGAGAUUCUAGUGAAUGAGAUUGCCGUUUAUUCAUCUCUUGCUCAUCCGAAUGUGAUGAACUAUAUAUGCGCAUUCUCUGAUGAAGAUAAAAGAGAAUGCUUUCUUGUAAUGGAGCUCAUGAGCAAAGAUCUAUUGAGAUAUAUUAAAGAAGUUUGCUCUACGAGGAGAAAAGUAACAUUCCCUCUUUUGGUUGCAGUCGAUAUUAUGCUUCAAAUAUCGCGAGGUAUGGAAUAUCUACAUUCGAAAGAGAUUUAUCAUGGAGACUUGAACCCUUCGAAUAUACUCAUUAAGGCGAAAAAUUCAUCCCAUGAUAGCUAUUUACAAGUGAAAGUUGCUAAUUUUGGGCUACCCCUUAGCAAAAGCCCAAAAAAUUCAGAGGCAAAAAAUCCUUGCAUAUGGUAUGCUCCAGAGGUUCUUUUAGGGCAAGAUCACUUCAAAUACACCGAAAAGGCAGAUGUCUAUAGCUUCGCAAUGAUCUGUUUCGAGCUUUUGACAGGAAAAGUUCCCUUUGAGGACAGUCAUCUUCAAGGGGAUAAAAUGAGUAGAAACAUAAGAGCAGGAGAAAGACCUUUGUUUCCUUUCCCUUCACCAAAAUACUUAGCCAAUUUAACAAAAAGAUGUUGGCAUGCUGAUCCAUUGCAAAGACCAAGUUUCUCUUCAAUAUCAAGGAUUCUUCGAUACAUAAAGAGGUUUCUGGUCCUGAAUCCUGAUAUUGGACAAGGUGAGACACCGAACCCUUCGAUGGAUUACUUUGAAAUUGAUGCACUUGUGUCAAAAAACCUAUCAAAAUGUGGACGCAAAAAGGGUUUUAGAGUUUGGGAGAUACCUUUUGAGAUGUAUGCGUAUAGAGUGAUAGAGAGGGAGAGAACCAAUGCAAAUUUUGUCAAGGAGAAUAACUUGGAUUCAGAGAGUGAAGGGGCUUCGGUUUGUGGAGAUGAGAAUAGUUCUCAUGGGAAUUUGUCGUCGGAGGAUUCGUUGUCGAAUUCAGUGAGUUUGAUGUCUAAUGGUGGUUCAGAGGGGAGCAAGAAGGGUUCAAUGUCAAAGAAGUUGGAUGGAAAGGCGCAAAAGCAAACAGGACAACAUCAGAAAGCCAAAACAGCAAGACCGUCGCCGCAACUAGCUACAUGCACACGGAGUAUGAGCUUGAAUAAUGGUCACUUACAACCAGUUGUGAUGAGCCCAGGAAGAAGGAGAAAAUCUACAGAUUCAGAGCUUUAAUAGGUCUCAAAAGGAGAUAUUUUUAUCAGACUAUUGCUUGUUUAGUAAUAGAAAAAUGGAUUGCAUCAAGACAGAAUUCCAGACAGAAUGAAACAAUCAAAAGCAUAAAUCCAGACCACAACUCUGUCUGAGAAUUUCUUGUUGUAUGAAUGGCAUAAUACUUUUUAAUGAGAUAUAAAUGAUAUUUCAUAA